GCCGGGCCUGCCGGGGACCGCGCGCUGCCUCCACUGCCACCAGAGCCCGGGCAGUCGCUGCGCCCGCAUCCCCGGCCCCGCACGCGGAGCCUGAGCCACAGCUGCCCCAUGGAGACGCGGGGAAGCAAUAGCAGCUGUGAGAACGGUUCCCUGAUCACCCUGUAUUGCUCCUCCCAGCAAGUCCUGUGCCAGAUUGUCAGUGACUUCGAACCUGUCAGUUCAAACAACAUCACCUUGAGCAGUUGGCAAGAGAGGGUCAAGAAGAACUAUGGCUUCUUCAUUGGAGUGGGCCUGGCCAUCUUCUCCAGCUUUCUCAUUGGCAGCAGUGUCAUCCUUAAGAAGAAGGGCCUCAUUCGGCUGGUGGACAAGGGUGCCACUCGAGCUGUGGAUGGAGGUUUCGGCUACCUCAAGGAUAAAAUGUGGUGGGCUGGAUUUCUCACCAUGGGUCUAGGUGAAGCUGCCAACUUUGGGGCCUACAUAUUUGCUCCUGCAACGGUCGUCACUCCACUGGGAGCGCUGAGUGUGCUUAUAAGUGCCGUGUUAUCAUCUUAUUUUCUGGGAGAGCGGCUGAACCUGUUGGGGAAGCUGGGCUGCAUGAUCUCCACAGCAGGCAGUUUGGUGACGGUCAUUCAUGCUCCCGAAGAAGAGAAUAUCAAGUCGAUGAAUGAAAUGGCUUCAAAGCUGAAGGACACGGGCUUCAUCGUGUUUGCUGUGAUCCUAGUGGUGAGCUCUCUUAUCCUCAUCUUCAUCAUUGCCCCACGCUAUGGGCAGAAGAACAUCCUCAUUUAUAUCAUCAUCUGUUCCGUGAUAGGGGCCUUCUCCGUCUGUGCUGUCAAAGGCAUGGGCAUUGCCAUCAAGGGCUUCUUCCAGGGACAGCCAGUUCUCCGGCACCCUCUCACAUAUUGUGUCGGGCUGAUCUUGGCAACUUCAAUCCCCAUACAAGUCAACUUCCUCAACAGGGCUCUGGAUAUCUUCAACACCUCUUUAGUGUUCCCCAUCUAUUAUGUGACCUUUACUAGUGUGGUCAUCACCUCCUCUGUCAUCCUCUUCAAGGAGUGGAACAGCAUGUCAGUUGCGGACAUCCUGGGCACAAUCUCGGGUUUCAUUACGAUUAUCCUGGGGGUGUUCUUGCUCCAUGCUUUUGAGGACCUUGACAUUACCUGGGCAAACCUUCCCCAUACCCACAAAAACCCAGUCCCACCUCCCACCCCUGAGCCCACAAUCAUCAAGCUGGAAGACAAAAGUGUCCUUGUGGACAACAUAGAACUGCCCACACCCUCACCAGAGGAGAAACCCAAAGUCUUCACAAUCCACACCUAAAGUUUUUAAUUGAUAUAAGAGAAGAUGCAUUCUAUUAGCCCAUCUAACCCUGGAACAAUCUAGUGAUUUCAAAUACUAUGUCAAGAGGCAGGAUGCCAUUUUCCUAACAGUGUGGCUUUAUACCUUAUUAAUAUUUCCAGGAGGAAGUAAUUUCCAGUUGUAUAGGGCCAGGUCAGAUCCUGACUUCCUGGAAACACAAAGACUCAAUGGCCAUACUGCAUGGCUUGUAUUGGUGCACUAUCUAUCCCUCCUCCCCCCCCCUUUCUUUUACCCUCUACCUUCCAUGCCAAUGGCAGUUACCUGUGUUGGCAAGUGGAGGAGAGAAUUUGACUCUUUGAAUGUAUUAGAGUCUAGCUGAUUCUGUGGGGUGUUGUAAAACCAAGAGGUCCUCAGUAUUGGACCUCAUCACGAAGAUACAUAAGCUACACCAUUCCUCAUCUAGGACUGAGACAUGCUGGAUCUGAGUGGGAUGAGGAAGGAUUCAUUGCCCAAAGCUCAUAUGGAAAUAAUAUGGACUAUAGUGUAAAAGUUAAUGUUUGCUAGGCCAUCUUCAGAUCCUUCUCCCUUCACUCCAAUGUUACCCAAGGGAGAUGACAGGUAGACACUAAAAGUCUAAAUCAGGUUGAGGAUGACCGACAGGCCUCAAACUUGUUGGUGAGUUAGGCAGAUGUCUACUCCAAGCAAAUGAUGACUUCCCCCAGGGGAAUGGGUGGAUGAGAAAUUUGUUCCAACAACCAUGAAGGCAGCUAAAGCAGGUGCUGUGGAGCACUUAGAGCUUGU